UAUACACGAUGAACAUUUCAAUGUUUUAAGUUUCGUUGCAAACAACGAUUUAACUCUAAACUAAAGUGUAAUUUUAAUUUAAAGCAGUUGAUUUUUUUCAGUUAUUUUAAUCACAUUAAAUGAUUUGCAACUUACUUCGUUUGUAUUAUCGCUGUAGUAUCUAGUAUAACCAUAUUACUUUUCUUCAGACGAAUAUAGCAUAGAAUUUACUAGCGGUGUCGUCAGUCUACGUUACAAUAAUGUUAAAAGGCCACAAAUAUACUACCCACUAACAUGCUAAUUAAAGGUUUUGUAAAAAACGAACCACCUAUAUCUAUCUUAUCUGCAUAAAAAUCUUUAACCGUAUUAUUUGUUUUAGAUAACCAAAAUACCGACAUAGUAUUCUGGAUUGAAGUCAGAAAUCGUUACAUAAUCGAAUUUAAUAUUAUUGGAACAGUAGAUAAUAAAACAAUACGUAGGUACAUCUAGAUUUCAGCUACUAUAUCUUCGCGAACGUGCUCGAUUACAAGGGGUGAAGGCUUGCGCCGGGAAAUGUGGGAAAUUCAGUCAGUCGGGUCGAGCGAGCGUGGGAGGUCGGUACGGUGUCCGCCUCAAAAUUUAACGGCAUAAUGAAACUUUUAGUCCAUUUUCCUGUAAUAUCUUAAGUCAAAAACCUAUAAAAACAAAAAAACAGUGCUUACUUUGUUAUGUUCGGACUCUGUGAGCUAAAACAACUGCAAUGGCUGUUUAAUGUGUUAAAAUACUAGUGGCGGGAAACCGUUUUGAUAUCUCGCUUGACGUGUUGUGUCCUAUGUGUACGUAGAGCGAGAGAAGCCGUCUGCCCUAGAGGGCGGCCGACAUGCUGGAUUCGUCGUGAAUCGAUAUUUUUGGAACGUUGUACAGCUGAAACUAUGAUGUUCGAGGCUCAAUAAAGGAGAGAGCAUGGAAAAUGCGAAGAGAGGUGAACAAUGACAGCAUGUCCCCGCCGCGAGCGAUGACCCUGCAGGGCGCCAAGGGUCGCGCAGUGGCCGCGGCGGCGGGGCGCGCCUGCCCGGGCCCCCGUGCACACCUCAUGCCAUAUUUUUUAGGAAAAUUCACGCUUAUUAGGCUAUGUCUUCAAUAUCUACCGGUGAUAUCACGUUUAUAUCAAAACGUCGACGCCUCAGUGCCGCGGGUGCGCGUAAACUUUAAUUUUUCAAAGCGUCCGCUAGUCAAAUUAAAAACUGUUGUGAAUAAUAUGUUUAGUUUUCGAACUAGAACAGUGUAUUGUGAUAUUAAAGCGUUGUUAGUGAAGACAAUAGUGCAAUUAUUCGUUGUUGCCAAGUGUAUAGCGUCACGAUGGCGGUGUCGGGGCAGCGGCGGGUCCCGGCGGGCGCGCACGCUGCUGCUGCUGUGGCUGAGCGGCUGCGGCGGGCACAGCGAGGGCCGGCGCGACGGAGACCUGCACAUCGGCGGCAUCUUCCCCAUGGAGGGAGAGGGGGGCUGGCAGGGCGGCCAGGCCUGCAAGCCCGCCGCCGAGCUCGCGCUCGCCGAUGUCAACGCGCGUUCUGAUUUAUUGUCCGGCUUCAAAUUAUACAUUCACAGCAACGAUAGCAAGUGUGAGCCGGGCUUAGGGGCGAGCGUCAUGUACAACCUGCUGUACAACCCACCGCAGAAGUUGCUCCUGCUAGCCGGCUGCUCUACCGUGUGUACCACGGUCGCCGAAGCCGCCAAGAUGUGGAACCUCAUGGUUUUAUGCUACGGCGCUUCAUCUCCCGCUCUGUCAGACCGGGCGCGUUUCCCCACGCUGUUCCGGACUCACCCGUCGGCGACGGUUCACAACCCCACGCGUAUCAAGCUCAUGCAGAAGUUCGGCUGGUCCCGGAUAGCGAUCCUGCAGCAAGCUGAAGAAGUGUUCAUAUCGACUGUAGAAGACCUAGAGGCACACUGCAAGAAGUCGGGCAUCGAGAUCGUGACCCGUCAGUCGUUCCUGUCAGACCCGGCAGACGCAGUACGUAACCUCCGUCGUCAGGACGCACGCGUCAUCGUUGGUCUCUUCUACGUGGUGGCUGCGAGACGCGUGCUCUGCGAAGUUUACAAACAUCGCUUGUACGGCAAGUCCUACGUGUGGUUCUUUAUCGGUUGGUACGAAGACAAUUGGUUCGAGACAAAUUUGGAGAAGGAAGGGAUCGACUGUUCCCCAGAACAAAUGCGGGAGGCAGCCGAGGGGCACUUGACAACAGAGGCGCUCAUGUGGAACCAAAACUCCAACCAAACUACCAUCUCCGGAAUGACUUCAGAAGAUUUUCGAUCGCGACUGAACGAGGCUUUACGCGAAGCUGGCUACGACAUCGACGGGGAAAGAUAUCCCGAGGGAUAUCAAGAGGCACCUCUGGCGUACGACGCAGUUUGGGCCGUUGCCUUGGCGUUCAACAAAACUAUGGAGAAGUUAGAGAAAAGCGGUCUGAGCCUGAAAAACUUCACAUACACGAACAAGAAGAUUGCCGACGACAUUUACGAGGCAAUAAACUCCACUUCAUUCCUUGGUGUAUCGGGUUUGGUGGCAUUCUCGUCACAAGGCGACCGUAUAGCGCUGACGCAGAUAGAGCAAUUGACUGACAACCACUAUGUGAAGCUUGGCUACUACGACACGCAGGCGGAUAACCUCACGUGGCUGGAGCGGGAGCGGUGGGUCGGUGGGAAGGUGCCCCCCGACCGUACGGUGGUAGUAAACGAGUUACGGACGGUCUCGCUGCCGCUUUUUGCGUGCAUGACCGCUCUCUGCAUCGCUGGAAUCCUCGCCGCCAUUGCACUAAUUGUCUUCAACAUCUUGCACAGACACCGGAGAGUGAUUCAGUGGUCUCAUCCGGCGUGUAACACGGUGAUGCUGUGCGGGUGCUGCAUCUGCCUGAGCGCGGCGAUAGCCCUCGGCGUGGACGGGCGCUGGGUGCUGCCGCAACACUUCUCCGGCCUGUGCGCCGCCCGCGCCUGGCUCCUAGCAACCGGCUUCUCCAUGGCCUACGGAGCAAUGUUCACUAAAGUAUGGCGAGUACAUCGGCACACUACAAAACCAAAAGUGGAAACAAAGAAAAAGCGCAUCCACGGCUGGAAGCUAUACACGAUGGUAGGUGGGUUGCUGGUGGUGGACGUGGCGUUGCUGACGGCGUGGCAGCUGCGGGAUCCCCUGCAGCGCCGCGUCGAGAUAUUCCCUCUAGAGGCUCCAAGGCAUCACGAUGAUGAUGUGCAUAUACGACCAGAGUUAGAGCACUGCGAGAGCCAACAUAAUACUGUGUGGCUUGGUGUAAUGUACGGCUACAAAGGUCUAGUGCUCGUGUUUGGUCUGUUCCUGGCUUACGAGACACGGUCAGUGAAGGUUCGUCAGAUCAACGACUCGCGCUACGUCGGCAUGAGCAUAUACAAUGUGGUGGUGCUGUGCCUCAUCACGGCGCCUGUCACCCUGGUCAUCGCCAGCCAGCAGGACGCCGCCUUCGCUUUCGUGUCACUAGCAAUUGUUUUCUGCUGCUUCUUGAGUAUGGCGCUGAUCUUCAUCCCUAAGGUGAUUGAAGUGAUCCGUCAUCCGACGGAGCGCGCGGAGAGCGGCCGGGGCUCCGGCUCGGGCUCCGCCCCCGCCGACGAGGAGCGCUACCGGGAACUGGUUAAGGAAAAUGAAGAGUUACAAAAACUCAUCGCACAGAAGGAGGAGCGGAUCCGGGUGCUGAAACAGAAGCUAGCGGAGCGCGAGGCGGCGGCGGCGGGAGUGACGCAAGGUACGGGCGGCGGCGUGUUGGCCGACCUCGCCACCGCCACCUCCGACUAUGGAACCUCCACCAACUACACGCGCUCCUCGCGCGCCUCCGUCUCUGACCUUGACUUCUCUGAGAGCUACCUCUAAAACUUACCCUAACAAAAAGAUAAAAAUCCUCCGCUGCUCUCACACUUUUACCACCCUUCAUUUCUUUCAGCUCUCCAAAAACAGACUCAAAUACACUGUUAAUAAAAUACUUGUACCUGUA